AUGACCGUGCUGAAGCUGUCCCUCGUGGCUUUCAGCUUCGUCUUCUGGGCGGCGGGGCUGACCAUGCUCGUCGUCGGCCUCUGGGCCGAGGUGCGGCUGGGGGGCUACGUGGCGCUGUCGGCCGGCGACACCCCCGGCGCCCCCGCCAUCCUCCUGGCCACCGGCACCGCCGUCAUGAUCUGGGCCUUCCUGGGCUGCUUCGGCGCCGCCGCCGAGCACCGCGGCCUCCUGCGCACCUACGGCGCCUUCCUGGCGGCCGUGCUGUUGGCCGCGCUGACCGCGGGGCUCUCGGCGCUCGUGUACCGCCAGGACAUCGCGCGGGGCUUCCGGGAGGGGCUGCGCCAGGCCCUGAGCGCCUACGGCGAGGACGAAGGGAAGGCGGACGCCCUGGACGCUUUGCAGCGCGCGUUGGGCUGCUGCGGUGUGGAGAGCUACCGGGACUGGCUCGCCUCGCCCUGGGCGCUCCAGCAGAACGCCUCGGUGCCGCUCAGCUGCUGCCGGGCCCGGCGGGGCUGCCCGCUCAGCCCGGCCGGCGCACGCGGCCUGCACCCGGAGGGCUGCUUCGGCAAGGUCUCGGCCUUUGUCAGCAGCAACAUGUUCUGCGUUGCCACCGCUGCCCUGGGGCUGGCGGUGCUGCAGGUCGUCGGCAUCGUGCUGGCGUGCCUGAUGGCUGCCCGCGUCCCUGCUCGCGUUACCGCUCCGCACUGA